AAAGGUAAUCAAGAGAUCAUGUCUUUCAUUGUACCUUCUAUUCUUGUUGUUCCUUUCUUCAUUGUUUUUUUCUUUCUCACUAUUCUUGCUUUUCAAGUUCCUCAGUUGCCUCCCGAUGAAGUUGAAGGGUUGAAAUAUGUGGGGAAAAUAUUAGGAAUAGAUUGGAAUUUAAGUGCAAAUCCAUGCAGUCCAGAGUUUGCUUGGGUGCCUGCGGAUCAUCAAAACGACCUAUCGGCAAUAAGUAAUAUCACAUGCAACUGUGAAUAUCUUAACCAUACCGUUUGCCACGUCACUCAUAUAGUUCUGCAAUCGCUGAAUUUGGGAGGCACACUUCCAUCUGAUCUUUCGAGGCUUCCUUACCUGAAAGUACUUGAUCUCGUUCGAACUUAUAUCAGUGGCCAAAUUCCUCCACAAUGGGGUUCCACCAAGCUUUGCAAAAUUUCCCUACUUGGAAAUCGGCUCACCGGUCCCAUUCCAGAAGAGAUUGGAAACAUCACUACUCUUCAAGAAUUGGUCCUAGAAUCCAGUCACCUCUCAGGAACCUUGCCUUCAACCCUUGGAAAUUUGGUCAAAUUGGAAAGAUUACUUCUUGGCUCUAAUAACUUCACUGGGGAGCUGCCGACGUCUUUGGGAAUGCUAACCUCUUUGACCCAGUUCCGAAUCAGCGACAAUAACUUUGUAGGACAGAUACCCAGUUUCAUUCGGAAUUGGGUAAAUAUUAGUCUAAUAGUGAUUCAAGGAAGUGGGUUGAGUGGGCCUAUUCCUUCUGAAAUCGGACUUUUGAAUGAAUUAAUCGACAUGAGAAUAAGUGACCUGAAUGGAGCUUCAUCACCCUUUCCAUCGCUUAAUAAUUUGACCAACAUAAAUUAUCUAGUGUUGAGGAAUUGCAAUAUUACUGGAGUGCUGCCUGAUUAUUUGGCGAAGAUGACAACUUUGAGGAUCCUAGACCUCAGCUUUAACAAAAUAAGUGGGGAGAUUCCACCCAAUUUUCAUGAUCUUGCAGGGGUGCAAACAAUAUUUUUAACUGGAAACUUGCUAAAUGGAUCAGUGCCUGGAUGGAUGCUACAUGAUGGAGAGGUCAUUGAUCUCUCUUAUAAUAAAUUUGCACCACUCCCUGCGGAUACAAAUUGUCAAACACGAAAUAUGAAUUUCUUUGCAAGCUCUUCUCUUGACAAUGAUUCUAAGCUGGUAUCUUGUUUGAGGAAAAUCACAUGUGGACAAGUUAAGUACCAUAUCUAUAUAAAUUGUGGUGGUAAGGAAGAAAUCAUCAAUGGUGUUACGUUUGAAGGAGAUGAAGAUACAGGCAAACCAUCGCAGUUUCGUUUAAGCCAAACAAAUUGGGCAUUUAGCAAUACUGGCUCUUUUUUGGAUAAUCAUCACCGUACAUAUGACUAUAUUGCCGUCAAUUCAUCAACGUUGUCUAUGAAAAAUUCUAAACUGUAUGAGACUGCUCGACUUACUCCACUGUCUCUGACAUACUAUGUGUACUGCCUAGCAAGUUCAAACUACACGAUAAGCCUCCAUUUUGCAGAAAUAACAUUUACUAAUGAUAAAAGUUUUACGAGCCUCGGAAGACGUGUAUUUGAUGUUUAUGUCCAGGGAAGGCGGGUGCUGAAGGAUUUUAAUAUUGUAGAUGCUGCAGGUGGUGUUGGUAAAGCUUUCAUACACAAAAUUCCGAUCUCUGUUACUAAUGGCACUUUGGAGAUACGAUUUUAUUGGGCAGGGAAGGGGACAACUGUAAUCCCUUCAGGGGGAGUCUAUGGUCCUUUGAUUUCUGCCAUUUCAAUAGUUUCGGACUCUGAUCCUUCAGUUGAGCCUCUAGUAGAAAUUCGAAAUAACUUAUCUAUCGGUGCAAUUGUUGGAAUUUCGGCUGCAAUAGUCUUAUUUAUAAUUUUGGCUCUUGGAACUUUAUGGUCGAGAGGAUGUCUUGGAAGGAAAAGUAGACAUCCACAAGAUUUGGAAGGUCUAAAUAUUGGUCCAUUUUCUUUAAAGCAAAUAACAACCGCGACGAAUAACUUUGACACUUCCAAUAAGAUAGGGGAAGGUGGUUUUGGACCUGUUUAUAAGGUGAUAUCACUGAUUUGCUAUUUUGUUUUGUUCGUGAACGUUUCUUUUGCAGAUAUCUUAGACCAUAUGCAACGUAAAUUUUCUUUCAAAAUGAAGGGUAUCCUCUUAGAUGGCACCAUGAUUGCAGUGAAGAAACUUUCCUCAAACUCAAAGCAAGGAAAACGUGAAUUUGUGAAUGAGAUAGGCGUGAUAUCUUCUUUACAACAUCCAUAUCUAGUAAAGCUGUAUGGAUGUUGCACUGAAGGUGAUCAACUUUUGCUAGUUUAUGAAUAUAUGGAAAAUAAUAGUCUUGCCCGGGCCCUAUUUGGACCUCAAGAAUGUCAAUUAGAAUUGAAUUGGCCAACGAGACAAAAAAUUUGCAUUGGUUUAGCCAAAGGUUUGGCUUUUCUUCAUGAGGAGUCAGGAUUGAAGAUUGUUCACAGAGACAUCAAAGGUAGUAAUGUAUUGUUAGAUGAAAAUCUCAAUCCAAAGAUAUCUGACUUUGGUUUGGCCAAGCUUGAUGAAGAAGAGAAUACCCACAUGACCACUCGGAUCGCUGGAACAUUCGGAUAUAUGGCUCCAGAAUAUGCAACACGAGGCUACUUAACGGAUAAAGCAGACAUUUAUAGCUUUGGUAUUGUGACAUUGGAAAUAGUUAGUGGAAGGAGCAACGCUAUGUAUCGGUCAAAGGAUAAGUGCCUUUAUCUUCUUGAUUGGGCACUUGUAGUGAAAGAGAAAGGCGAUUUAAUGGAACUAGUUGAUCCAAGGUUAGGCUCCAAUUUCGACCAAGGCGAGGCAAUGGCAAUGAUCAACAUUGCUCUUCUAUGCACCAAUGUCUCUCCUUCUGCUAGACCCACUAUGACCUGCGUAGUGAGCAUGCUUGAAGGUAAGGCUGCAGUCGAGGAAUUAUCCACAAAUCCAAAUGACUUGAGAGAAGAGAUCAACGCAAUGUGGACCAUUAUGCACCAGAACCAGAAAUUGACUGACAAUGACAUCCAAACAGAGAGUGCAUCGUCUUUGGACAUUCUAUGUACCAGUUCUUCCACAUCCAUUUAGACCACAAAUUUGACUCAUUUCUAAUGUUUUGGAUAAGGUAUGUGGUAUAUCUAAGCUUUGAUUUUUUCUCUCUCCUUUAUAGGUUUGAUACUAUUUUGGUCUUAGUAUUUUCGGUCUCAACUCGUCUCUGUGUUUUCAAAAGGUUCAUUUUAGUUCAUGUACUUUCAAUUAUUUUUCAUUUUAAUCCAUGUUCAAAAUAUCGGUCUUGGUCCCAUACUUUAAAAAAAUUGACCAUUUUUAUCCAUGUGUUGCAAAAUCUUAACACAUCUUUUAUGCACGACUGAAUGGACUAGAAUGAUCACUUUCUAAAGGUGUAAGGACUGAAACAAACGUUUUGAAAGUACAAUAACUAAAAUAAGCAAAAGUUGAAAGUAUAAGAAUCAAAAUUGAUGUUUUGAAAUUAUAUAGAGACUAAAAAGAACUAGAGAAUAAAUGACCAAAAUAAUAUUUAAACGUAUUACGAUGGAAGCUUAGACAUACAUGUACCAUAUUCAAGACAUUGUAAAUGCAGUUUCAGAGUCCAGUUUCUACUCUAAAUUGAUGUCAAAGAAUUGAUACCACUUAAAAUAUAGGAGAGAUUAAAUCUUCUUCUACUUGAUUCUAGUAGAAUAUGUUUAUAAGAUCUGCAAGCUACAGUUUCUCAACAAGGCAACUCUUGGUUCCUGUUUACCAGGUGGGAUCCUCCAAAGGCCAUGCUAUUAUUAUUGGCUUUAAUUUUGUAGAAUCCAUAGUUCUGGUGUGUAAAAGCAUUCCUUAAAAUUGCUAUCUACUUUUUCUGUCUUUAUUAAUAAGAGGUGUAUCUAAUAUUACAAUC